AUGGAGCCGAUUGUUGGAUCCUCCUCGUCUUCGCUGAAGGCUGCCCCAGACAAUGACAAAUCCAUCACCGUUGGUGGCCCUGCUACAGUCAUGACACAGAUCAGAAGUUAUCCUGUUGCUACAUCUGGCCCUGUUAGCAUAAAUAAUAACUCAGAGGUAAUUGCACUUAUUGCUAAGGAAAUUGCAAUUGCAAACCAUUCUGGUCUUGAGGUGGCUGUUGUUAUUGGAGGUCAAAAUAUAUUUUGUGGUGACACUCGGAUAGCUGCGACUGGAAUUGAUAGGGCUACAACUGAUCAAAUGGGUAUUAUGGCAUCAUUGAUGAAUGCCAUAAUGCACCAAGCAUCAUUAGAGAAGCUUGGUGUUGAGACCAUUGAUCCAUGUGACCUUGCAACAGUUCAUGCAGAUGUUGUUCUUAAAGGUACUACUGUAGAUUCUAUUUACAAUUGCCACUCGAGAAACAGCAACGGUAGUGCAUUCGAGCACAUUUCAUUUAGGGAAUUGGUUUCUAGAGGCUUUACCGCAAUGGACAUGACAGCACUAAAUAUUUGUGAGGAGAACAGCAUACCUGUUGUUAUUUUCAACUUAUCAGAGCCAGGCAAUGUUUCAAAGGCACUCAAUGGAGACCAGAUUGUUAUUCUUAUCGACCCGUCAGGGAGGAUUAUCUAA